GCUGAUCUUCUGCAAGUCUGAGCGCUAUUUACUUGCCCCGCGCGGGUAAAUAUCCCCUUUACCGCCCUUUCCUUCUUACCAUUAUCAUCGUAUCCGAGCGCAGCCGCAGAACGUAGUGCGGAGCUAUUUAGACUGCCUCGAUAACCUGAGAGGAUGAUAGUCAAGGACAGCAAUAGCAACAUGACUGUCGCUGCCAGUUCGAAGAGCAAUUACGCUCCUGUUUCUUCGCGAGCGGAUAUUAAUGCUGAUACUAUGGCUCCGCAUCCAUCGUCAUCGCCUCCGCCUAACUACGAUGCAUGCCAAGGUACGUUCAGGUUGGGAGCCGAGCCUGCUAGACGGCGGUUUUGGCGGGCAUUCGCUGUUGCGCUUGUCUCUUGGUUCUUCUUGAGCAUGUUUGUGCACGGCAUUGUCAGGCUUGCGCUCGUUCAUAGAGAUCAUAAGCAUGGGGGCAUCGCAAAGGACUAUCCCGAGUUCAAGAAAGGCGAAAUCAUUACUUGUGCAGGUGGUCCAGACUGGCCGGUAUCGGGAAGUGUAAACGGAGAGCAUAAAAUGUCUACCUCUUUUCCGCGACCCCCGUACCAGUCAAGGAAAUCCUUCCUACUUCCUGUGGAUGCAGACCAUCUGUAUUUCCUCUCGCGCGGUUCACUUGCCUCAGGCUCCGUCCGCUUCGAACUCUCCUCAGACCAAUCCAGUGACAGCGUAAAAGUCGACGUCACUGCAUCAUACUGGUCCACGGGCGCACUUGACCGCGCAUCUGUAUGCUCUCUUCAGCGACACGGAAGUAGCAAUUACUAUGGCGUUGGCAUUUUCACCCCGCGUAGGUGGCGUGGUGGGUCAAUGCGGGAUAGGUUGCAAUUUGAUGUCGUCGUACACCUUCCGCCACGCGUGUAUGCGGAUUUGCAGACCAGCUACGAGAACUUCUCGCUGUAUGUUGGGGAUCUGCAGGGCAUGGUGCAAUUCGAAAACGCUCAUCUGACAACGUCUAACUCACAUAUUACUGCUACGACUUUCGAAGCGCAUAAAGGCGUACUGAAGUCAUCGAACGGCGCCAUUACAGGAAAAUAUAAUGUUACGAAGAGUCUUGAGCUCAUCACUUCAAACGCAAGGAUCACGGCGGAUGUCGACAUGCAUAGUAUCGACGACUCGCAUGCUACUUCUCUUCUUCUCAGAACAAGUAACGGACACAUCGACAGUAACCUUAAUCUAAACGGCCAACCCUACCUGAGCUCCUUCGCAGUACAAUCCAUCACCUCCAAUGCACUCUCCCAAACUCACGUCAACUCACACCCUCAUUCCACGGCGCUCACACUCGACAUGAAGACAUCAAACAACCGAGCUCGUGCUGCAGUUCAACCAUCUUUUGAAGGUCCCUUCUUCAUGCGUACUUCUAACGCCUCACCAAUGCUCACUGCUGGACGGGACGAGGAGGUCGAGGAUCCGAGUGGUGAGGGUAGGGCACGCAACAUACAGGUGAACCGAAAGGUAGGGGGAUUGAUGGAAGGCAAAGUUUGGUGGGGUGACUGGAGGAGUAGAGGGAAGGGAUGGGUGCACCUGACGUCGAGUAAUGGACAGGUGGAGUUGGAUUUGUCAGGGAACCCAGCUUGGUAAAGCUUGCAUAGAUGGAUAAUUUGUAGGAGAUUUGCGAUUCCAGGGUUUUGUAGGUACGAAAAAUGGCCAGACUUGCUAAGUUCACAUUGUAUGGUUGUUUCUUGCCUAUCGAGAUGAACAUGAAUUCA